CUUGAUUUGGUAUAUUUAGUGCCCAUGCUCGGGUACUUGGCAGCGGCUGCGCUGUGUGUGGCAGCAGUGUUUCUUGUACGUACGGAUCUCAGGUUAUUGGCCGAUCUCCCUGGAUUGAACUACCUCUUGUCUGACAAAUGUAUGGUGAGCGUGGUGAGACUGAUAACUAAGGAGGAGCUGUCCAGCUAUCAUGGGGGACCUGGCAGUCCUGGGAUAUACCUGGCUGUGCUGGGCCAGGUAUAUGAUGUACACAAAGGAAGCAAACACUAUGGCCCUGGGGGUUCCUACAGCUUCUUUGCAGCAAGAGAUGCAUCUCGAGCCUAUGUAACUGGGGACUUCACAGAGGAAGGCCUUGUAGAUGAUGUCUCAGAACUGUCACCCACACAGAUGCUUCAUCUCCACAACUGGUUUAACUUCUAUCAGAAGAAUUAUACUCCAGUCGGAAAGCUCAUUGGGAGGUUUUAUGAUGAGCAUGGAAUUCCCACGAAGACAUUAGAGGAUGCAUUAGCAAUCAUUGAUAUCGGAUUAAAGCUUAAAGACCAGAGGCAAGAGGAAAAUAAACAGUUCCCGCCCUGUAAUUCAGAAUUUAUUGCUGGUGUCACGAAAGUGUGGUGUACUAAGCACAGCGGUGGAAUCCAGAGGGACUGGGUUGGUGUUCCCAGAAAAUUGUAUUUAGCUGGCUAUGAUGGUUAUCGCUGUGUUUGUGUCAGGCCGACCGGGCCUCCAUCAGAACAUCUGGGAUCAAAAGGACACAACGAUAGAGGAGAUGUAGAUAAUCCUUCCCUUCAGGAGUAUAACGACUGCAAUCCACUAUUUGACUGGUGUCUACUUAAAGAAUAAGGAAGUCGCAUUGUAAACGUUUAUAACCACAAAUGAAUAACUUAUUUUGAAGAAAGAAAUGAC